CAAUAAAGACCGUUACACUUGUGACACUUGUCAGAAUGAUUUCCGUAGGGAAUGUUCGUUAUUGAAACAUAUAAUGUUGACACACACUGAAGAAAAGUUUUUUAGUUGCGAGUUAUGCAAAAGGCUAAUUUGGAUAGGCACAUGCUCACGCACACUGGUGAGAAAAAAUUUGCUUGUAAUUUGUGCCAGGCGAAAUUUACUUCUCAAAGUACUUUGACGUCACACAUAUUAAGAGUUCACACAGACUACCCUUUGGGACCCGGCCUGAACUCCAGAAGCCAGCAGGUAUUUGACGAAAUUGAUCAAACAAGAUCCCUUACCAGUAAUAAAAGAAAUGGCAAAAAACACAUACCCACAAAACGAUAUUUACAGGGUGAUAAUAUGUCUAAUAUAUCAUUAAAAAAUUGUUUUGUAAAACUUCAAGAUAUUUUUAAAGAACUUGAGUCUGACAUAGAGACUACCUCGAUUCAGAGUUUAAAUUGUUGCGAAACAACGAGUUAUAAUGAAGUUCCUGCAAAAGAAUCGGUAAUUAAGGAUGCGAAAAGUUAUGAACGGGAGUUACCAAAAACAGUACAACGUGAAAAACAAGGCUUAAAUAUUGAUAUUAAAUUGCAACGUGAAGAAUUGCCGGCGACCAAUAAAGACCGUUAUACUUGUGACAUUUGUAACAAUGAUUUCCUGAAGAAAAGUGCCAUAGUGAAACAUAUAAUGUCUCACACUGGUGAACAGUUGUUUAGUUGCGAGUUAUGCAAGUACAGUACUAAAUAUAAAAAUAAUUUAGCGAUUCACAGGGAAGCGCAUAAAAGCGAUAAAUUUUUUGCUUGUGCGUUAUGCGAAUAUAAAUGUACUAGAAAGAGUAGUUUAUUAAAGCAUUUGAGGUCUCGAACUUGUACAAAAACUUUAACUUGUAAGUUAUGCCAAUAUAAAUGUAGUACUAAGAGGAGUUUUAUAAAGCACAAGAGAGAACACAAUCUACAGAAGCAUUUCGCUUGUAAGUUGUGCGAUUAUAAAGGUGCUCGCAGUGGUUAUUUGCAAAGGCACAUGAAAAUCCAUACUGGUGAGAAACCAUUUGCUUGUACAUUGUGCAACUACAAAUGUGUGACCAGUAGUAAUUUAGUGGCUCACAUGCGAAUCCACUCUGGUAUCAAACCGUUUGCAUGUAAUUUAUGUGAAUAUAAAAGUGCUUUGAAGGCUAGUUUACGCAUUCAUAUGAGGAUCCACACUGGUGAGAAGCCUUAUGCUUGUCAGUUUUGUCCGUAUAAAUCUAAUUUUAAAUCUAAUCUAGUGGAACAUAUAAGAACGCACACCGGAGAGAAGCCGUUUGCAUGCACGGUAUGCCAAAGUAAAUUUAGUACGAGACCUAAUUUAAUGACCCACAUGAAAAGUCACUCCGGUGAUAAACCUUAUGCUUGUAAAUUAUGUGAAUUCAAAUGUGUUCAUAAGUGGAAUUUAAAUAAGCACCUGAGGACCCACACUGGUGAGAAACCAUUUGUUUGUAAUUUAUGCCAGGUGAAAUUAACAACGAAAAGUAGUUUACAGCAUCACAUCAAAAUUCACACUGGCGAGAAACCGUUUGCGUGUAAGUUAUGCCAAUAUAAAUGUAAUCGGAGACACCAUUUGACUGAUCACAUGAGAAGACACACCGGUGAGAAACCUUUCACUUGUAAGCUAUGCCAUUUCAAAUCCGCUACUAGCAGUUACUUAGUAAAACACAUGAAAAAUCACUUGGGUGAGAAAUAGUUUUCUUGUAGUUUUUGUGAAUAUAAAUGUUUUAUUCAGAGUACUUAAUUUAAUGAAGCACGUGAAGAAAAUUCAUCCUGAUAAGUAAAGUUUUGUGUGCGUAAUUGUUGUAAUCGAUACUUGUUAUGUAUACUUCUGAUAAAUCAGUAAAAAAAUCUGCUUGUGGCCGCUUUGAUCAAUCAAUUAGGAUGAGUUAACGCGGUACUAAAAUAAAUAUUGUAAAUAUAAUUUUAAAUUUUUUAUUAGUGUUUUUACCUACACUU